AUAUAUAUAUAUAUUAUAUAAAUAAACAAAUUUUUUCUUUUAUUUCUCUUUUUUCAGCGACAAACGAAAACUUUUUGAAAUCUUUUUCGUAAAAUAAUCAAAAAAAAAAAAUGCGCAACUUCUUAUUUUAUAUUUUAUCCAUCAUCGUUAUUUUAUCUUUAUUACACACAUCGUCGGUAUAUUCAUACCCAGUAGGGUCAUGCGAUAUUGAAAAUUGUGAAGACGAAAUGGCAGAACGUGAAUAUAAUCCGGAUCCAUGGUCAGAUGAAGAGCUAACAGUGCUCGAUCUUCCAGUAAAAAACAAGCUGCUUCAAGUUCUAUUAAACUCAUUCGUGGCAGGUUUCUAGUCAAAAAUAGGGUCAAUAAGGUGGGACAAAUGGGCAAAGGAAUCGAGAAACGAAAAAAAAAAAAAGAUAAAAAUUUAUAUAAUAACGGUAAUUUAAUAUUAGUAAUAGUUUAUGAUACAAAAUUUUUUAUAAUAAUAAGCGUAUGUUUUUAUAUUAGCUUUUUUUGUAAAUAAUAAACAUUUAAUCUUUAGUUUUUAUGAUAUCAACAAAUUAAAUUAAAUUAU